AUGGCAUUGUCCCUUGCGCUCAUGGUGCGCCUAGCCCUGGUUGGCCUCGUGGUAUUCACUUCAAUUGCCUCAGCCCUGCCGGCGCCUCAAGUCCCUCGCAGCACGGUUCAGGACCCCGACACUGAUCCGUUCUAUCAGCCACCUGCUGGCUUCGCAUCCGAGGCGCCUGGGACAAUCCUGAGCCAACGCAACAUCACUGCCGCGUUCUUUGGUCUCGUCCCGGUUGACGUGGAAGCCUACCAGCUGCUUUACCGCACGACUGCAAUCAAUGGCUCGGCUAUUGCAACAGUCACCACGGUGUUUAAGCCGAAGGACGCUAAGCUUGAUCGUUUCGUUUCCUUCGCCACGGCCUACGAUAGCUCUGCGACGAAAUGUCAGCCUAGCUACACCUACCAGCUUGGUUCGCCACAGGACAGUUUGAUAGCUUCGGUCGAGCUAUUGAUCAUUGAUAUCUACCUUGCUCUUGGUUACACCGUCGCUUCUCCUGACUAUGAGGGACCCGAGGCUGCCUUUGGACCUGGUCGCCUCGCAGGUAUGGGUGUAUUGGAUGGCAUCCGUGCCGUGAAGAGCUUCAAGACGUUGAGUCUUACUGAUGACCCCAUGGUUGUCGGUAUAGGCUAUUCAGGUGGUGCCAUUGCUACCGGAUGGGCAGCCUCUCUGCAACCCCUCUACGCGUCAGAGCUGAACAUCAAGGGCUGGGCGCAGGGUGGAACUCCCGCGAACGUCACUGGCACAAUGUAUCAGCUUGACAACACAGCCUUCAGUGGCUUACUCCCCCCAGCUAUUGCUGGUCUCAUAAAGCCAAGCGCCUAUGGUGCUUCGCUGGGCCCUUUCAUCAGCGAGAUCAUAACGGCUGAAGGCCAACAGAUACUCGACGCCGCCGUUGCCGAAUGCGCCACUGCGGAUAUCGCGGCGUUCUUCGAACGGUCAAUCUUCGACACUAGCUUCCAAACGCUAGGCGAAAAUUUUAUUUUCGACCCGAUCGCUCAGUCGGUACUAAAGCAGAACACCAUGGCUGCCAACGAGGACGAGACCCCGACGGCGCCAACCUUUGUGUACCACGCCACAGACGACGAAGUCAUUCCUUAUGCCGAUGCCAAGACUAUGGUCAAUUCCUGGUGUAACUGGAGUGCAAAUGUCAAGUUUACUACUUAUGCCAGCGGUGGUCAUGCGACCACUGAAAUCAUUGCCAUUCCCGAUGUCAUCAAUUUUGUCCAGGAUGCCUUUGCUGGCACGACCGCAAGUGGCUGCACCACGAAUACCGAGCUUGGUAGUAUUCUUAACCCACUUGCUCUUGGUGUGGAUCUUGAGCCAAUUCUUGUGGAGCUCAUUGAUGCGCUGUUCAAUCUGGGCGAUCAGGACUCGAAGGUCAAGAACGACCCCGUUGGACAUGGCCCUCAGUCUUGGAUCCAUCGCUGCCCGAUUGCGUUCCUGAUAACAGAUUCCGGCGGUGAUAACACUCAUAUCCAGCACUCCCCGAAGACCACCAUGCAUCAACAUCCCCGAUCAUCGGCGGUGCCGUCUCCGCCGCCAAACCUUCCACCCAGACCGACAGCUCGGGACGUCCGCAGAGAACAGGAAACCGCCCCGAGCUCCCCAACGGUCGAUAUGGGGUCUAAUUAUGCCAGGGGGCUGGGAUUAGAGCCGGGACCUCAACCGUCCGAGCAGGGGAGGAAUGCGGCAUUGGGCAAGGAGGCCCUGACCCGGUUAAACCAGAUAAUAUCGAACUAUCACACAAAAGCCGCUUUGAUUAUCCUACAUUCACGAGUUGCACUGCCUCCCUCCUUUAACAAGGGCUCCGAUUCUCCUAGAGUCAACCGCUGGUUCAAUGUCGAGUUAGAUGAUACAGAUGUCCUUCGGGAACCCCUGCGACCUUGGAGAACAUGCGAUGCAACGGACAACCGACCACCACCCCUCGUUAUCGAAACGUACUUAGACACAAAGGGCCUCACAAAUAAUCAAAGUCUGGUGAUUAUUGACGAGAAUGGGAAGCGUUGGGAUGUGCGUGAGUCGCUUGCGGCGCUUCAGGGUGCCCGUGCAAAGCCAUACCAAUCGGAAAAUGACGAGAUUAUCUUGGAGCGGUGGAAAAUCGAAUUGGGAGAGUGCUCCAGCAGGCCUCCGGCAGAUUUGGGCUCUAUCUUGCCGACUGUGUAUAAGAAAAGCAUUGUGCUCUUCCGUUCCUUGUUCACCUACUCCAAGUUCUUGCCUGCAUGGAGAUUCUCUAGACGCAACAAAAAGUUGCGACAGAGUCCGGCCCUCCAGAUCAAGUAUCGUGUGGUAGAUGGGAGCGCUGCUCGUGAUAACCUCCCACUGGAUCAUUUGACAGCCCCGUUGAGCGAGGGAAGCGAAAAAGUGGUGGACACAUACGGCUUUGGGGUCACGGAGUCGCCCGCAGGUCCCUUCUCAGUUCAAGUCACGUAUCGGACGAACUGCGAUUUCCGUGUUGACGACUCAGAAGCGCUACUGAGCUCGCGGUUUAUGGGUGCCGACGACGAGAUCUUUCGUCCGUCGUUGCCUUCAGAUGAUGUCAACCGCCCAAAUCCCGAAGUCGGUUCUGUGCCAGUGGAGAGAAGGGCCGUUGAGAGCCCAGAUUGCACACGUGCAUACGGCAGUCUCUCCACCUUUCAUCAGGUUGGCCCAACAACAGGUGCAAGUCCUAUAUCAGCACUCCGUGCAAUGAGAGAUUCGGGCGCGGGAUCUCCUUCACCGACAGAGUCACCUAAGAGACUCCUCCCUUCUGCCAAAGUCCUUCCUUCAGGACGUGCGGCGCAGAUUGCUGGUGAAAGCGGAGGGUCAAGUUUCCCACGUCGUCCCUCUGUCUCAUUCCAACCCUUCAAAGCUCCCUCUCUGUCUGCUUCCCCGGCUUUAGCAGACUCUCCCCUGGGAAUGUCUCCCCGCAACACGUCACGCAUCUCCACAGGUACAUCUGCCGAUUCCCGCGUCAUGCCGCCCCUUUCUUCUGCCGCUUCAGCGCGCAGACCUAUAACCAUCGCAUCUGAACAAGCUAUAUCAUCCUCUAAUUCCGCAUCCCCCAAGCCUGCUCCGAUAUCCCGUUACAGCAGCUCCUUUAGCCACCGACGAGGCCGCCUUUCCGUAGGGACAAACAGACUGGAAGACGACAACUCCAGUGGCCGAGCGAGUGCGACAUCAUCCAAUGCACAGCCCGGGUCCGGCCUACUUACGGAAGCUACGGGCACGAGUGCGGAGUCUAUUCACGCAGAUGACGAGAAUAUCUCCGACUUUUUGAAGAUGCUUGAUUCGAAAAAGGAUCUAAUGAAUUCAUCCACUGCAUCUCUUCAACCUGGUCCUAGGCAGGCGAACCCCACCGCAGUAGCUCUUGCUCGCUUCCGCGGUAUGCGAGAUUCAAAUGCCGCGUUGUCCGACUCAAUGUCACAGUCUAUGCACAUGCAUCGCUCUUCUCUUUCUUCGAGCAAGCAAUUGUCAGGGGUCCCACCGAUGGUUGCGGGCACCUCCGUCUCCACAGCUUCUUCUCCGGGCAAACCCAUAUCUCCCCACACUCCCCACACGCCUGCUAUACGAUCUCGUCUAAGCUCGAACAGCGUUGCUGAUGACAUUGAGACCGACCACCGUUCAAGAAUCCCUCGCUCGCACCACGAUCCACCACUCGAAGAACAUUCCAGCGCAGAAAAUACGCGAGGAGCUUCUUCUACUGCAGGGGCUAUUGAUAUUCCAACAUCGCCGCGGAUUUUCGACCCUGCUUACCGCCGCUCGAGCUCCGCAGCCGUGCGCCGGCCAGUCGUUACCAGCGACGAUGAUGAAAUAUUCCCAUUCGGCAUGCGCAGCCUCAGUCUGGGGGCCGAUGAGCCCUCUCACGCCACCCUAGCUGCCGCCCAACAGCACACCGAGUCCCUGAAGAGCCAACAAUCACCGGCCGAGGGUCGAAGCGGUCCAUCCCGCUCUGCAGCGGGUCCGUAUCGGGACAGUGCAUCCCUCCGCGGACAGAUGUCUGGACCAACCAGCGCCUCAGCCUCCUCCAACCCCCAUGUCUACCAGCCCCGGUUCGCCAGCUCCCGUGGCCGCGGCUACUCGGGCGGACAUUCCGUCAGCUCAGCAUCCAGCAGCCUCGCCCGGGGCGCCAAUCCCGCGCCGCAUCUGGUGGAGCGCGACCAUGACCGUGAUGGAAACGCCAGCGGAAGCAACAGCGGCAACUCCACGUUAGAGAUCCGCCGUGGUUCCGGGCAGCGGCCGGGCGCGGUUCGGACGCUUUCCGGACAAGCGCCCGAAGACGAUGAGCCGCUGCUCUUCGCGAUGAGCGACUUUGGUGUCUCGCGGCGCAGCCUAGAUGAAGUUCGACACGGGAACCACGGUGGGGCUGAAUCGGCUGCUGGGUCCCGGCGCGGGAGUGGGAGACGGGGAGCAGGGCUCCCGGGCUUCCAUGUUUGGUCUUGA